GACGAGCCCCCACCCCCACUCUCCUCCUGGCCUCCACCGCGCCGCGCCACUGUGCCCGCGGCCGGCAGGGCGGCAGGUAUCUUCCCUUCCCUCCCUCGGGGUCGGGGCAGCUGCUGCCACCUGCUCCACGCCACCACCUCCUCGCGCAGGAUAAAGCGGGCCGGGGAUGCGCUGAGCCGGAUGGCCGCCCACUCGCUCUCGCUCUCGCUCUCCCUCCCCAUCACGCGCUCGCGUGCGCCCCUCGCGCUCCGCCGCCUCCUCCUCCUCCUCCUCAACCCGUGCCGCCUCGCCGCCGCCCCGCCACAGACCCACCGAGGCCUCUCCUCCGCCGCCGCCUCAUCCCGGGCGCGGGCCCUCGGCCUCGCCGGCUGCCCGCCUCGCCCCCGCGCCGCGCUCCUUGGCACCGGAGGUGCAGGGAGAAGACGGAGAGGUGAGCUAGUCCGCAGAGCUAUGUCAGGUUCGACGAACUCAACUGUAGCGGCGGAGUUGACGGUGCCUGUCGAGCAGCUGCCUUUUGUGAAUGACAAGCAUGGGGGUGUUAUUAUUGAGAUGGUGGUGCCAAUGGAUCCUGGAGUGUUUUCAGCUUCACUGAAAGCAGCAUUGGCGAAAUGGAGGGAGCAGGGAAUAAGAGGUGUAUGGAUCAAACUGCCCAUCACCCUUUCCAACCUUAUUACACCAGCUGUGGAGGAAGGUUUCUGGUACCAUCAUGCAGAGGAAACAUACUUGAUGCUUGCAUACUGGCUUCCUAAUACAACACAUACGCUACCAGUAAAUGCAACCCACCGUGUGGGUGUUGGAGCCUUUAUAAUGAAUGACAAAAGAGAGGUCUUGGUUGUACAAGAAAAGAGCGGUGUACUUCGAGGCCUUGGUGUAUGGAAAUUUCCAACUGGCGUAGUUGAACCGGGGGAAGAUAUAAAUGUCGGUGCUGUAAGAGAAGUAAAAGAAGAGACAGGGAUUGAUGCAGAAUUUGUUGAAGUGCUAGCUUUCAGGCAGAGCCACAAAUCCUUUUUUGAAAAAUCGGACCUAUUUUUUGUAUGCCUGCUACGACCACUUUCAUAUGACAUUACUAAGCAAGACUCGGAAAUAGAGGCAUGCCAGUGGAUGCCAGUGGAGGAAUUUGCAGCACAACCAUUCGUCCAGAAACACGAACUCGUGAAGUACAUCCUCGAAGUCAGUUUGGCUAAAGUUGACAAGGAAUAUGCAGGGUUUUCGCCAAUCUCCAUAAAAUCAGCAUUCACAGACAAACUGUCCUUGUUUUACUUGAACCGGAGGGACCUUGACAGGGCCUCAGGAUCAAGCAAACAGUAAUGCACACUUUGGUCUGUGAAAAAAGGGUCUGAAUCAUUCAUACAGUACCUGAUUGUUUUGUUCACCAAUUGGUAGCUUGGGGCCUUGGGCAUUUGAUUUUGACCGAACGUUGUCUGCCGGACGUGUCUAUGAUUCAAAGGAGGUAUAGCAACGCAAACGUAUAGCUGAAACUGUUGCACUUAUGAAUUUGUAUUUGUAGGUUUACAGACAAUAAAAUGUUGGUUGGGCUUGACAGGAGACUUUUGUUGAAAUUAGAAAAUUUUAUACAGAAUUACUAACGUGUCACUUUUC